AAUAACAUUAAAAUAACAUAAAUAAACAUUCCACGUCUCGAAAAUACACCCGCAAUCUCCUCUCCCGCACACACGAUGAAACUCAUUCAUGGAUGUAAAAUCAAGCUUUUCCGAUCUUGUCGACUUUUGUCCUGUUUUCUUGGGAAUUUUGCGGUUGUCCUAACCCAAUUUGGGGUUUAACCAUUAUUGAUAUUCUCCCAUCCGUUGUUGGGUUGGUCAUAAUUGAUCUUCAAGAACCCAAGUGUACCCACAAGAAGAGAAAUCACGUCCAGAUUCCAUGGCUGAUGGCCCCUGUUCUUCUCUCCGGGAAAUGCACCUCACUCGGUCACCACACGCAUGACCCGUCUUUCUUUUUAUAAGCCCCGAAUAUCCUCUCCCUAAUUUAUACUCCAAAAUUAUAUUCUCUAAACACACCACCUCCCCAAGUUUCCCUUUCACACAAUUCUCCCCAAUCCAUCUUUCCCCUUUCUCCCUACUUUUUUAACCCCCACAAAGAAUCAAAUUCCCGAACAGCUUCAGGGCCGGAACAAGCAUGACCUCCUACGGCACCAUUCCGACCUCUUCCCCACCCGGACCGUCCACAAACCUUGAGUACAUCUCGCGUGCCAAAGAGAGAAUAAAAACCGGGCUCGGAACCCGCCGUCCAUGGAAGCUCAUGUUCAACUUCCACUCCUUUGGCAUCCCCGCCAGCGUCGCCGACGCCAUAGCCAGGGUCCCCACCAACGUUGCCUUCUUCCGCAUGAACUACGCCAUCGUGGCGCUGCUGAUUCUUUUCCUCAGCUUGUUGUGGCACCCAAUCUCGCUCAUCGUGUUCGUGGUAAUGAUGGCCGUGUGGCUGUUCCUGUACUUCUUGCGCGAUGAGCCGCUGGUGGUCUUCAACCGGACAAUCGAUGACAGGGUGGUGCUGAUUGUAUUGGCCGUGCUGACGGUGGUGUUCUUGUUGUUGACGCACGCGACGGUGAAUAUCCUGGUGGCGCUAUUGAUCGCAGUGGUGGUGAUACUGGUGCACGCGGCUGUGAGGAAGACCGACGAUUUGUACUUGGACGAAGAGGCUGCUGGCUUCACUGGAUCUACUUAAUUAAUUCCGCUUCUUUUUCAUCUAGUUUCUUUUUUCUUUUUUUCUUUUCUUUUUUUAAAUUUUCUUUAAUUUUCCACCAAUUUGCUUUUGUUUUACUCCUGUUUCUUGUUUUUUUUUAAUGACUUUUAAUCGAUGAAAUUUGUUGGUAUAAUUGGUCA